GGCGAGCCGGGACCCGCGCUCCGAGUGGUCGCUGCCGCCGCUACCUCCGACCUCCGGGGCCGGUGCUUAGAGGCCGGACCGCACGGGAACCUCCCGCCCCUCGCGGGAACGGCCGCCUACCGGCGCGUCGGGGAGGAGCCGCCGCCGCCGCCCGUGCCGACUGCGGAAGAGUCCGGGCCUCCCAGGGAUGGGGAGCAGCCCGCGGCGCUGAGAAACCAGGUUCCUGUCACCUCUGGCUGAGGGACCCCCUCUCCCGGCGCCCGCGGUCGUCCCAGCGCCCGGAGCCUGGUGGGGGCGGCGAGGAAGACGAGAGGGGUCCCCCGGCCCGGGGACAUGGAGCCGCGCGAGCCUGGCGCGGGACGGCCCGAGACGCGGCCGAGGCUGCGGCCACGAGCAGCCGGCAGCCCCCGAUAGAGAGCGGAGAGCAGAGCGGCCGGCCCCUGCGGCGGCGGGGACUCGCAGGCCCCCGAGACUCCGGAGGAGGAGCCGACACCCCAGCCCCGAGCUGAUCCCGCCCCAGCCCUGGAGGGAUUCCCGGGCCCCUUCCCCUACGGCUCGCCGACUUCCCUCCGUGACGAAGUUUUCUCCUUGUGCCUUCCCGAGGAUUGAGCUCUAGCUCUCGAACUCGCCUUCUGGUAGACUUCCUCGGUUUGUUUUGGGAGAUAACCUGUUUUGCUCCGACCUACAUCCCCUUUCCGUCACCCCCUCCAGUGGGACGUUCUAGAUGACUGAAUGGAGUUUUGAGUUGGACUUUUGUGUCCCUUACGGAGUCGGGCCUGAUCCCAGAGCACUGGGGGUGGGGUGGAGGUGUUACUGUAAAAUGCAAGUUGGAUAAAAGGAGGACCUCUCGCCAAGGGCCCCAAUGAGUGGCACACAGUCUACUAUCACCGACAGGUUUCCCCUCAAAAAACCUAUAAGGCAUGGGAGUAUUUUGAACCGAGAGUCACCAACAGAUAAGAAGCAGAAAGUUGAGCGCAGUGCAUCACAUGAUUUUGAUCCUACAGAUAGCUCCUCCAAGAAGACAAAGUCUAGUUCAGAGGAGAGUAGAUCCGAGAUAUAUGGUCUUGUUCAGCGCUGUGUGAUCAUCCAGAAGGAUGACAAUGGAUUUGGGCUGACGGUCAGUGGAGACAAUCCAGUCUUCGUACAGUCUGUCAAAGAAGAUGGAGCAGCCAUGCGGGCUGGGGUACAGACAGGUGAUCGAAUCAUCAAGGUGAAUGGAACUCUGGUGACUCAUUCAAACCAUUUGGAAGUGGUGAAGCUAAUCAAAUCUGGUUCCUAUGUAGCUCUCACUGUUCAGGGACGCCCGCCUGGGUCGCCCCAGAUUCCACUCGCCGAUUCUGAAGUAGAGCCAUCAGUCGUUGGACAUAUGUCUCCCAUCAUGACAUCCCCUCAUUCACCUGGAGCAUCUGGGAACAUGGAGAGAAUUACUAGUCCUGUGCUCAUGGGGGAGGAAAACAAUGUGGUUCAUAACCAGAAAGUAGAAAUUCUGAGAAAAAUGUUACAGAAAGAACAGGAACGGCUGCAGUUAUUGCAGGAAGAUUACAACCGAACACCUGCCCAAAGAUUGCUAAAAGAGAUCCAAGAGGCCAAGAAACACAUUCCUCAGCUGCAAGAGCAGUUAUCCAAAGCCACAGGCUCUGCUCAGGAUGGAGCUGUAGUUACAUCCUCCAGGCCUUUAGGUGACCCACUGCCAGUCAGUGAGGUGGAAGCCGAUCCUGGUGAUGGACUAGGCAGAAUUGACUAUAGCAGUGGAGACACUUCUCGGCCCAGUAGUGACAGCGCAGAUAGUCCCAAGAGUGCCCUGAAGGAGAGGAUUUGUCUAGAGGAAAACCCAGAGAAGAGUGAAGCGAUUCAGGACCCUGAUACUCAGUCACUCAUUGGGAGUCCCUCUCCCCGUGUAGCGCCUCAUAUUAUUGGAGCAGAGGAUGAUGAUUUCGGCACUGAACAUGAACAGAUCAAUGGGCAGUGCAGCUGUUUCCAGAGCAUCGAACUGCUGAAGUCUCGCCCUGCUCACCUGGCUGUUUUCUUGCACCACGUGGUCUCGCAGUUUGACCCCGCUACACUGCUCUGUUAUCUCUAUUCAGACCUAUAUAAGCAGACCAAUUCCAAGGAGACUCGUCGUGUCUUCCUUGAGUUUCAUCAAUUCUUCCUGGAUCGAUCCGCACACCUGAAAGUUUCUGUGCCUGAUGAAAUAUCGGUAGAUCUUGAAAAAAGAAGACCUGAGCUUAUACCCGAGGAUCUACAUCGCCACUAUAUCCAAACUAUGCAGGAAAGAGUCCACCCAGAAGUUCAGAGGCACUUGGAAGAUUUUCGGCAGAAGCGUAGCAUGGGGCUGACCUUGGCUGAAAGCGAACUGACUAAACUUGACGCGGAGCGGGAGAAGGACCGGGUAACUUUGGAGAAGGAACGGGCAUGUGCGGAGCAGAUCGUUGCCAAAAUUGAAGAAGUGUUGAUGACUGCUCAGGCUGUAGAAGAAGAUAAGAGUUCAACAAUGCAGUAUGUUAUCCUUAUGUACAUGAAGCAUUUGGGGGUAAAAGUGAAAGAACCUCGAAAUUUGGAGCACAAGCGGGGUCGGAUUGGAUUCCUUCCAAAAAUCAAGCAGAGUAUGAAGAAAGAUCGAGAAGGCGAAGAAAAAGGGAAGCGCAGAGGAUUCCCCAGCAUCCUGGGACCCCCAAGGAGACCAAGCCGUCAGGACAACAGUGCAAUUGGCAGAGCCAUGGAGCUGCAGAAACAGCGGCACCCGAAGCACUUAUCCACACCCUCUUCUGUGAGUCCUGAGCCUCCGGACCCUGCUAAGUUGCGCCAGAGUGGGUUAGCAGGUGAAGGAACAGAUGUCGGAUACCUGCCAGCCAAUUCCAUGUCCUCUGUGGCAACAGGGGCCACUCUUGCCCAGGAAGGAGGGAAAGAGAACGAUACAGGAUCAAAACAAGUUGGAGAAACACCAGCGUCUGGAGACUGUGUGGAUAGCACCCCUCGGACUCCCAAUACCGUCUUUGAUUUUCCACCUCCUCCCCUAGACCAAGUGCAGGAGGAGGAAUGGGAAGUAGAAAGGGUGACUGAACAUGGGACACCAAAGCCCUUUCGAAAGUUUGACAGCAUAGCUUUUGGAGAAAGUCAAAGUGAGGAUGAACAGUUUGAAAAUGACUUAGAGACGGAUCCACCCAAUUGGCAACAGCUUGUUAGUCGAGAAGUGUUACUGGGACUAAAGCCUUCUGAGAUCAAAAGACAGGAAGUAAUUAAUGAACUGUUCUACACUGAAAGAGCUCAUGUUCGAACACUGAAGGUUCUUGAUCAAGUAUUCUACCAGCGAGUGUCUAGAGAAGGAAUUCUGUCACCUUCAGAACUACGGAAAAUUUUUUCAAACUUGGAAGAUAUUCUUCAACUUCAUAUUGGAUUGAAUGAGCAAAUGAAGGCUGUUCGAAAGAGGAAUGAGACCUCAGUUAUUGAUCAGAUUGGGGAAGACUUGCUGAUCUGGUUCAGUGGACCAGGGGAGGACAAGUUGAAGCACGCUGCUGCUACCUUUUGCAGUAACCAACCUUUUGCCCUGGAAAUGAUCAAGUCUCGUCAGAAAAAGGAUUCUCGAUUCCAGACCUUUGUGCAAGAUGCUGAGAGUAAUCCUCUGUGUCGUCGUCUGCAGCUGAAGGAUAUCAUUCCUACACAAAUGCAGAGGCUUACCAAGUACCCUCUUCUGUUGGAUAAUAUUGCCAAAUACACAGAAUUGCCAGUGGAAAGGGAGAAGGUGAAGAAAGCUGCAGAUCACUGUCGUCAGAUCUUAAAUUAUGUAAAUCAGGCUGUCAAGGAGGCAGAAAACAAACAGCGUUUAGAAGACUAUCAGCGUCGUCUGGAUACCUCUAAUCUGAAGUUGUCAGAGUACCCAAACGUGGAAGAGCUCAGGAAUUUGGAUUUAACAAAAAGGAAGAUGAUUCAUGAAGGACCAUUGGUCUGGAAGGUGAAUCGAGAUAAAACUAUUGAUCUGUACACAUUGCUGCUGGAAGACAUUCUUGUAUUGUUACAGAAGCAGGAUGACAGACUGGUGUUAAGAUGUCAUAGCAAGAUUCUGGCAUCUACCGCUGACAGCAAACACACAUUCAGCCCUGUCAUUAAGUUGAAUACAGUGCUGGUCCGACAAGUGGCAACAGAUAACAAAGCUUUAUUUGUCAUCUCCAUGUCAGACAAUGGAGCCCAAAUUUAUGAGCUGGUGGCACAGACGGUUUCCGAAAAGACUGUCUGGCAAGACCUAAUCUGUCGGAUGGCCGCCUCAGUGAAGGAGCAGUCCGCAAAGCCCAUCCCGUUGCCACAGUCCCCGCCUUGCGAAGGUGACAACGAUGAAGAAACAGCUCCCAAAUUAAAAGUGGAACAUCACAGCAUUUCGGUCCCUGGUCUGCAGAGUCCAGACAGAGAUUUGGGAUUAGAGUCUCCCUUAAUAUCAUCCAAACCUCAGUCGCAUUCACUGGGUACCUCUGGGAAAUCCGAGGUAGACGAUCUCUUUGUGGCUGAGAGACAGUUUGCUAAGGAGCAGCACGCAGACGGGACUCUGCAGGAAGCUGGAGCAAGUUACCAAAUCCCGGGCCCAGACCCACACUUGCCUGCCUCAGAAGAACGGUGGGCACUGGAUGCACUAAGGAAUUUGGGCUUGCUGAAGCAGCUGCUCGUACAACAGCUGGGUUUGACCGAGAAGAGCGCCCAGGAAGACUGGUCACAUUUCCCAAGAUACAGGACAGCGUCUUCAGGGGUGCAGACAGACGGUGGAGCCCAGAACUCUGAGAACAGUAAGGCCUAUCCUCCUGGUGAAGGACACGUGCCCUUUAGAACUGGAACUGGUGACGCUGCCCCUUGUUACAGUCCACGGACUUCAGCUGAAUCUUCGACUCCACGGGAUUCAGUGGUUCUGGCAUUCCAAGAUAGCCAGGCAAGUAACAUUUUAGUAAUGGACCACAUGCUUAGGACCCCGGAGAUGCCUCCUGCAGAGCCCGAAGGGAGUCUUGAUGAGAGUGGAGAGCACUUUUUUGAUGCCCGUGAAGCACACAGUGACGAUAAUCCAUCAGAAGGUGAUGGAGCAGUUAAGAAGGAAGAGGAUGUUAAUUUGCGCAUCUCAGGAAACUAUCUGAUUCUCGAUGGCUAUGAAGCAGUGCAGGAGAGCUCCACGGAUGAGGGGCUUGCCUCCUCGCUUCCCCCGCCGCCCACGACAGGCACCCCCACCACAGACUCUGCCCGCCCGCAGCAGCACUCGCCCCAGCGUGCCCAUUCCGACGGGGCAGCUUCACCAUUCAGCCCGGAAUUCCUGGUCCAGCAGCGCUGGGGAGCCAUGGAGGAUUCCUGUUUUGAGAUCCAGAGUCCCCCCUCUUGUGCAGACUCACAGAGCCAGAUCAUGGAGUACAUUCGUAAGAUCGAGGCUGACCUUGAACACUUAAAGAAGGUGGAGGAAAGUUACAGCAUGCUUUGCCAAAGGCUGGCUGGAUCAGCCCUCACAGACAAGCACUCAGAUAAAAGUUAGAGCCGCGUGUCCUGGAGGUGACUGAUGGUUGUUGGACUCUGAGCAUCGGCCUUGUGGCACCCAUCCCAGCUGCACCGAGGAUGUAGACAGUGUGUGACAGAGGGUCUGCCUGUGAAGCCCCUGGGGGCAGCCGUGUUCCCCGGGCACCCAGAGCGGGACUAGUUCCUCACAGUCCGGCAGCUGCACGAGUCUGUCAGGGAGGGAGUCCUGACUCUCACUCUGCUCUCCUCACUAUCGGAAAUUCAUUUUGAUUCAGAACAAAAACCAAAUGUAUAGAGCUUUGGGUGUAGGAUAUGAAAUUUUACUUAGACUUAAGAAAAAGAGAAAAUCAGAUGUAUUUAUUUGACUUCAUUCCGUAUUUGAAAGCACAUUUUAAUUUUUAUUUUGCCAUGUUUUGUUUUAAUUGAGUAGUGAGAGUUUUUGCCCUUUGUGUUUAGUACACCCAAGGGUCAGUUGCUCCUGAAGCCAAGAGUUCCGGUGAGGUAUUAGGAGGCUGGGUGGAGAGGCGGAGAGGAGGAAGUAAGCCGGGGAAGGGAGGAGCAGCCAGCCUCCACGAAACUGGAUUGCAUGCACUCUGCUGUCCGGGAGGCAUCGUCUUUGAGGCGCACCUCAGAGGCGCAGUAUGCCCAUGGCUCCUGCGGUCAGAGGACUGGAGCUGUGUGCUGUCCAGGCGGGCUUCCUCCCACCCAAGGCAAGCACCCGUCCUCUGUAGCUGGGAUCCACCCCCAAUUAACAGAAAAUCCUCAGUGUACUAAGUAGCAGGCACUUGAGAAUGGUGUGUUUUCUUCUGUUGUCUUCUUUUCUAUUGAGGGUAGGGAUUUGGGAGGGAGAGGAAAGCAAAUUUUAUUUUCUUGGCUAUGAAUUCGUUAUUCUUGGUAUUGUUGCAUUUUUUGUAAUUAUACAUUAGACUUGGGCACUUGUAUAAAAUUAUCCCUGCAGAUUGAGCAGGAAGGAAAAACCAACAAAUGGAGAAGCUUCAGAUGGCGGCAGGGGUGGGGGUGCCGAGGAAGGGCGGGACGGGAGCGGGGGUUGGGGGGUGAGAGUCUGGGAAGGUUAGCUAACUGAAUCACUACUGAGUUGAACUAUGGCUGUCAUUAGCCACGGGUACUGCUGAACACAAGGCCAGUAAAAUUUUAGUACCUGGAGGUUUGACUCUAAUAUUAAUUUUGCACUGAUGGUGCCAAAGGGCUCUUUGAGUUCAGAGGAGAGCCACGAGCGGAGUGGAGAGGGGUGCGGUGGAGAAGGCGGAGCUGCUCAUACCAGCCCCGGAAGCACUUCUUCUGACUUCAUUGCCGGAGCUUUCUCCACACUGGUGCAUGACUGACCUUAAUUGCAGACCAGAGCAUACACUGGAAACUGUGGGCAAGGGGUUGCUAACUGCCUGCUCUAGAAUGAACUGUAGUAUGGGCAGCACCCAACAGAGAUCAAUGUUUCAGAAUCGUGACUUGAGAACUCCUUCGGUUAUAUUGGCUUUCUGUGGUUUUCUUUGUCCAUCGGGUAUACAUUGUUUUAGAGUAUGUUUGCCAACUAGAGCUCAAUCAUUUGUCAAAUCUUCAAAUUCUGUUCAUAGGCAAAGCAUUCCUCCACUGCUCGUAUCUUUCAGGAGUGUCCUCUAAGCCCUGUGGGUAAUCAGGAGGUCGUUAAUACUCUUCCCCUGCACUCUCAUCGCAGGUGAUAAGGCUUCCCUACUACUUUCAUAAACACCACUACCACUUAACAAGCUCAUGUGUGUCCACAUUCCUGUUUUCUGCCUUUUCAAACCUGACCUAGGUUUUAAGUAGCCCAACUUGGAUCUUUGGACCUCAUCUCUAAAUUAAAAUGCCCUUUUAGUUGUAGACCAAGUAUCAAUUGAAUCAGAAUGGGCGUAAAAAUUGUAGAAGCAGGAGCUAGUAAGUGAAGCUUGGGACUUGAACUUUCUGUAUCUCUUAAGAGAAACAGGUAGAAACAGACUGGUUACAUGCUGCUGGAAACAGGUAGUCACUCCCAGCUGAAAGGGUAACACACUUGGAGCCACAUGACCCCAGUGUCCUCAGCUGGCAUUUAUUUAAUCAGGAGAAAGGUAAAUAAAAAAAUAGAACUUUCACCUUAAGUUCAGACAGUCCAGGGUAGUCACGUGAUUCUCUAGCACUCAAUUAAGAAACUUCAGGUUUCUGUUCUAGCUCAGCCACAUCUUGUCCUUAACAACAAUUUGUUUUUGUUUUUCUGCGAUUAAACCUCUCCUUGGAACCGGGCUAACUGGAAAAAUACUUUGGCCCUAGCUCUAGUACUUCCAAAUAAAUUCAUAUCUGGAUUUUUAAAUGAAGACCCAAAACAAAGUCUUGAGUCUGAAAAGAUGCCACAAUUUUCCGUGUUCUUUUUCUCUUUAACCAGCCCAACUUCUCCCUCCUCCUUCCCAGCCUCACCUCCCACACCCUCCUUUUCUUUCGGCCCUUGUAAUCACAUCCACUUUCCUCUGAUGCCGUAUAGGCCCUGAAGGAUGAUGGAAUUAGAUAUUCCUCCUCUCUCUGAGCAACAGUGGCCACCAUCAAAGCUGUUCUCUCAAAAGUUACUUGACGAGAAGCUGGAUCCCAGGCUGCUGAGCAAAGCAGCCUCCCCAGAGCAGGAGAGCUGGGUUGUAGCCACUGAAGUGGCCUGCCAUGACCCUGCGCUCUCUUCUGUGGGCCUCAUGGCUUCUUUGGUAUUAAGUGGCCAAUUACAUUUGGAGUGUCUCCUUCCUUUUCAGAGAACAGAGUUAAUCAAAGCAAAUCAGCAAGCCCCCAAAGUGCUAUAAUUUAAAAUCAUAAUUACAGCCCUAGAAGCCAUAUAUUUUACAUACUUUAAAAUCAGCUAGCUUGGACUGCCUGAGUUGUCUUGGCUUUUAGAAGCUAAACUAUAACUCUUUAUUAUAUUUUACCAUAAGAAGGUAUAUUUCAUUAGCUUUUUUGGCUUCCUGUUCCCCAAAACAGCUUGUAACCACUGUUGGAAAGGAUGUGGCUCUUUAUCUUUUUUUUUUUUUUUUUUUUUUUUUAGGAUUUUAUUUUUAAGUAACCCUCUACACCCACCUUGGGGCUCGAACCCACAACCCCAAAUCAGGAGUCACAUGCUCUACCGACAGAGCCAGCCAGGCGCCCCAAGAAUGUGUCCCUUUAAAACAGGUUUUUAUUUGCUUUUGGAGGAGAAAGGGGGAACCUAAUGUGAUUAAGGAGAAAACCUUAUUUUUUUUUCUUCUGUUUAGAAGGUAAAAUAAUUCUUCCUGUGAGUUGUCUUUUACUUGCAUGCUUUUUUUUUUUUUUUUUUUUUUGUGAUGUUGGUAAAUUUGGUGUAUUACAUGGAGCUUCUGUAUUUCAAACUGGAAACUGUCUUCUCUGAAGGUGGUAUAUGAUGUUAUUUUGAGCUACUAGAGCUUGGGUCAAUAUUUCCUUCCUUAUGUGUCACAGAGGACAUCACUGAGAAGUGUGUACAGAGGACCUCAAAAUAGAAAAUUUGGCAGGGCCCCCUGGUCCUCUCUCUGCUGGCUACUUUUGCCCCCCUCUACCAUUAGUGUUUUUGUUUUGUAAAUCCUGUUUUCUUCCAACUGUCCCACCCCUUUUCAGUGAUCUGCAAAAUUGUCCUUUCUUCAAGAAAAGAGUUUCUUUUGCCUCGUUCCUUAUGCCUUCCCCACUGGUACUGAUGGUUUUGAUAACAAACUUGUAGAAAAAAAAAAUGUACCUCGUAGAAGGAAGCCCUGUCUGCCAUUUCCAGGUGCCAAUGGCUAAGCAAAUGUCCUGCAAAAGUGAUAGCUGUAAUGUGCGCACUAUUGGUUAUUUUUAAUAAGCCUCUUCCUACUAGAACAUUUUAUUUUCCUUGUUCACCAUACAAUCAUGUACUCUUUAACAGAAAUUACUUUUAAAAAAAAUCUGGAACUAUCUUUAAAAAAAAACUUUAUUAAUAAUCAUGUAUUUUUACUGAUCACAUUUUGAAAUGCCUAAAAGACUUUAUUGUUCUAAUUAUCCAGGUGUACCUUUGUAAAAUAGCUCUUUUAUGAAUUAGCUGAUAAGGCUGUAUGUUUCUGGAACAAAAUAUUGGUCAUCUAAAAACUUUCUGUUUUCUGGGGUCUGGGAAAAUAGAAAAUGAGAGUUCAAAUAUUAAAUAUGCUUAAAGGAA